AUGAGUCAAAACACAUGUCACGAGACGGUGAUCGAUAUGGUGAAGCCGACGGGCUUCACGGGCAGGUUAGAGUUCGAGAACCUAACGUAUACGGUGGUCAAGAAAAAGAAGACCGACGACGGGAAGUGGGUGAGUCAAGAAGUUGACUUGCUGAAUAGAAUUAGUGGGUAUUCGCCGAAAGGGUGUGUUACCGCGGUUAUGGGUCCUAGUGGUGCGGGGAAAUCUACUUUUCUUGAUGCACUAGCUGGGCGCAUUGCGAGUGGUAGCCUUAAGGGUAAGGUUGUGUUUGAUGGGGCCGAGAUGAGCCCGAGCUUGAUUAAGAGAAGUUCGGCUUAUAUAAUGCAGGAUGAUAGGCUCUUUUCGAUGCUAACGGUUUAUGAAACGUUGAUGUUUGCUGCUGAUUUUCGGUUAGGGUCGAUUCCAAAGGCGGAGAAGAAGCAGCGUGUCGAGACUUUGAUCGAACAACUCGGGUUAAUUUCAGCAAGGAACACUUACAUAGGUGAUGAAGGUACUCGCGGAGUGUCGGGGGGUGAGCGGCGAAGGGUGUCGAUUGGCGUAGACAUCAUCCACGGGCCGUCAUUGCUUUUUCUCGAUGAGCCUACUUCGGGUUUGGACUCAACCAGCGCGCAAAGCGUCAUUGAAAAGGUUCACAACAUUGCACGAACCGGAAGCACAGUGGUUCUAACCAUCCACCAGCCUUCGUCACGAAUCCUACUUUUACUCGACCACCUUAUCAUACUGGCCCGCGGCCAACUCAUGUACCAAGGAUCACCAAAAGACGUGGGACCCCAUCUUGGCCGAAUGGGCCGAAAAGUUCCUAAAGGCGAAAACGCUAUAGAAUUCCUCAUUGAUGUGAUACAACGAUACGAUCAGUCCGAAUACGGCGUGGAUGCGUUAGCGAAAUUCGUCGCCACAGGCACGAAACCGCCAAUGCUAUCCGAUGACGAAACGCCAGUUCCUGUAACACCAACACCGCCACACCAUCAACACGACAACGGAUUCGAUCAUAGCGUGAGAAGCCCGUGGAGCAACUCGAAGUCAUGGACCCAAUCGGUAAACAUGAAAUCGAUCAUAUCAACUAGUCCGUACAGCAGCGAUUAUACAGUCAACGAAGACGACUACAUUACAAGAUCAAUGGCUGCAGAUGCCUCAAACCACCAUCAUUUGGGUCCCAAAUUUGUGAACUCUUUCUUUACAGAAACAUGGGUUCUGAUGCGCCGAAACUUUAUAAAUAUUAAGCGAACACCCGAGCUGUUUCUAUCGCGGCUCAUGGUGUUAACCAUCAUGGGUUUCAUGAUGGCUACAAUGUUCAAGAACCCUGAACGGACUAUGCAAGGGAUUACGAACCGGCUCAGUUUCUUCAUUUUCACUGUUUGUUUGUUCUUCUUUUCAUCAAACGAUGCGGUCCCCGCGUUUAUUCAAGAACGAUUCAUAUUCGUUCGAGAGACGUCUCAUAACGCCUACCGAGCCUCUUCUUACACCUUUGCAGGCCUCAUCACUUACCUCCCGUUUCUCCUACUCCAAGCAGCGGUUUACGCGGGGCUCACAUGGUUUGCAUUGAAGCUCGAAGGCUCGUUCGUUUACUUCUUGAUCGUUCUUUACGUUUCGCUACUCUCCACUAAUUCGUUUGUGGUGUUCGUGAGCUCGGUUGUCCCUAACUUCAUUCUCGGGUAUGCUGCAGUUAUCGCUUUUACGGCCCUUUUCUUCUUGUUUUGUGGGUACUUCUUGAGUAAUGAUGAUAUACCAAAGUAUUGGAGAUGGAUGAAUAAGAUAUCGACAAUGACGUACCCGUAUGAAGGGCUUUUGAUAAACGAGUACCAGAGAGAUGACGUUUUUGGGCAGACGCUUGCUGGGACGAACGUGACUGGAAUCGAUAUCCUGCGAUCGCUGCAAAUAUAUCAUGAAAACGAUAAAAAAUGGCUGAUGGUUUACAUAAUGUUGGGAUGGGCAGUUAUAUAUAGGAUCUUGUUCUAUGUAGUUCUUCGUUUCGCUUCGAAGAAUCAGAGGACAUAAAGAUUAAAAGGGUGAUCUUGA